AUGCCGACGGACAAAAAGAGCAUUGAAGUGACAAUAUUGACAUCUAAGAAAAUCAAAGAGAAAAACCCGAACAUCACGAGCCCACUCAUUUUGAAAUACAAAUCAUCUCUGAGUUUACAGGACAUUUUGACCGAAGUGAACAAGAAGUUAGGACUAUCAGGAAAAGAGGGCUUCAAACUCUGCGCCGCGACUGGGCGUGGGAGGGAGCUGGCGGACAAUGACGAGCUCAACUCGUGUAUAAGCAAUGGGAAAUGUAGGUUGCGUUUCGUACAAGACGUGAAUGAUGUCUGCAUGGGAAUAAUGAGCACCGCUCCCGAAAAGCCACGAUUCAAAGAGGGCGCGACAUGUGACUACUCGCUACUGUCAGCCGUCGCUGAAUUGCUUGACAAUUCGAUCGAAGCGGUGAUGCGGAAUGGAAUGGAUGAGAAAACGAUUGUGAUUUGUUUCAACGUCAUUGAUAAAACUUUCUCCAUACAUGACAAUGGAGUUGGCUGUGAGGAUCCGGAAAGAUUGCUCCGGUAUGGAUCUGAAAAGGCAGAGGUAUCAGACAGAUAUAAUCCCAAGUGCAAGACGUUCGAUAGGUACACUUGCGGGAUGUUCUCACGGUAUGGAGUCGGAUCGAAGAAAGCAGGCCACUCCCUAGGCAUAAUCAUCAACAUCGCGAGUAAGGUCAAGGGAAGUUCAUUGAUCCACUCCACCACGGAUCGGGACGAGGAGAAAUGGGAAGCAGAGAGCUUUGAGCAAUACAUCGAUGAUGAUGAUGAUGAAAUUAGCAAGAGCUACUGCAAGAUCGACAUCGAUCAGUUCAAAACUUCGCUGCUCACAACCGGAGGCUCGUCAAGCACGCUCCAAGGAUGGGAGGAGGUCGUGAAUAAUCUUGGAAUGAUAUACUUCAUGUUCCUUGGUGACAAGAUGCCCGGAUAUCACUUUGUAGCCCGCAAAAUCCUCAAGUUGUUGGAUGAUACUUGCGUUCACAGAGAAGGGCUCAACAAGAUACGAAUGAACACGAAACCUGAAGUGAAGAGGAUGGAAGAUGACAAGCGCAAGCUGCAAGAGGCCAUGCGAGGUUGCAAGAGGGCGAAAACUUCUCCUCGCUUGAAUAUCAGCUGCAAGCUGAUCUAUCCUGAUGCGACUGGACUGAGACAGGAAGUGGAGGCUUCGCUGUCAAAAAGCAUUUCCUGUCUGAACACGCUGCUGAGCGACGCGGCCGUGGAUUGCUUUCCCAUACACAUAGAGCUGGAGAAAGGCAAUGUGGAUCAGCAAGAGGGUGGAUCGAUUGCGAUGGGAGCGCUCUUUUACUUCCCAAACAAGGACAACAAGGAAACCAUUCAAUACGUUGAUCGGUUCUUUGGACACUCGUCUGGAGAGGACAGAAGGUUUCUGGUUUUCUGGAUGGGGAGGUUGCUGCUAGCAGAUCAAUUCAUGCCAGAAUUUAUGAAGAAGGACUUAGCAGAGAGCAAGGUUCCUGUAAAAUGCCUCAAGAGAACAUUUGGCAUCCUCUUCCUCGACAGAGGUAUCGAACCCAAAUCCAACAAAACUAGUUUGAGCGACAACGUGAAUGGCCAAGAUUCUUACCUGGACCAAUUGCGCAAAGCUCUCAACGACACCAAACUUGUCAAUGCAUACCAUCUGUGGUUGAGGUUGUGCCACCGCAAGUAUGAUGACGAGUUGACCUUCGAAGACGAGCCAACGUACUGUGAAAAAGAAGGGAUGUUUGUGCAUCAGAAGAUCAAUUAUUGUGGUAAUGAGUACAAGAUUGGGGAUUACAUUGAGCUGUCUGAAGGAGAUGAAUUUAAAAGAUCCAAGCAGCCUAAAAACGUUAAAGUUGGGCAGGUGGUAAAGUUUCUCAAGGCAACCAAUGAUCAUGAAGGUUGCAAGGGCAAAGUUGUUUGCCGCGUCCUCGAGAAGAACAAUCGUUUGGAGGAAGACCAACGCUUUGAGAUCCCUGAUUGGUCCAUGAAACGACUGAGUGAUGAGGACUUUGAAGCUCGCAAGGAGAAGAACAAGUGCUCUAUCGUACACAGAGUUCAAUUUGUCAAUGCGAGCAAGAAGUUCACAGCUGGUGAUAGCACUUCUCCGUUUCAGCUCAAAUGCCUCAACCACCUAGGAAAGUCCAUCACCGUCGAACCAGAAUGCGACCUGAUAGUGACGCCAGAGGGAGGAGAAGACCAGAGGUUCAAGCUCAGAUACACCUUUAGUCCCUUCCUUCCCGAUGCCGACUUCUUGCAAAAAGCUGGGCAGUACACAGUUCGCGCAGUACAGCAGCAGGACAGCAGCAACCCGCUCAUUUGCGAUCCUUUUCGCUUCACAAUUCACCCAGGAGAUGUGAAGGACGUUGAGUUGCAAUUGGAAGACAGAGAUCUUGUGAAGAUGGAGCAUGGCAAGGAAUCUUCGUUCAAAGUCACCUUGUACGAUGAGUACAAGAACACCAUCCCGCCAAAGGUCUCGCACAAGCCCAAGAUUGAGGUUGCAUCGGGUCUUGUCAAGCUUGACGUCGAGCAUACGUUCGAGGGAUACGCGAUGCAGAUGAAGAUCGUGAGGGUGGAAAGCGAGAAAUGCGGAAGGUUCUCAGCGAAACUGGUCGUGAUGAGGGACGACGGGGAGGGUAAGGAGACACAUUUCAACAUUGAGAUCAGCCAUGGAGCCGCGCAAUCUCUGCAGGUAGAGCAGAGCGAAGGGCUGGAGCUUAUCAAUCGCUCUGUCCUCCCCGAGCUGACCUGCGUUGUUCAGGAUGGUUUCGGGAACAGGUGUACGAGGGUUGAUGAUGCCAUCCUGUACCUCACGAGCGCUGACCUCCACUUUGCUGAUUGUUUCAUCAGCGGCAAGGUGAAUCACGGAAAGCACACCUUCCAGACAGACAAGCAAGUUCAGAGUUUGUACUUCUUGAGCCCUGAAUCAGGUCAGAAAGAGGCAACAAGGUGCAGUGUUGUCAGAAGUUGGGAUCUCACAAAGAGAAACAGAGAUGAGUCAGGAGUUGAGCUGGAGGAGACGUGGAACGAAUUGAUCGCCAAGCAGCUCAAACCCAUCGGCUUUCUCAACCCUUUUCAUGGAUUCUUCUGCGUUGGGGACUGGGUGGAAGUUCUUUUCAAGUUAAAAACAGGGAGAAAUGAGUACCAUCCUGGUAGGAUAGAGUCAGUCUGCAAGGAGCAAGGGGGGAACACUUGGCGCAUCAAGUACUUCAAGCGUUCAGACAGCUCCCGUCUCCUCUUGCCCUUGCCCGAUGCUAGCGAGGUCUUGGACCCCAUGAGCCUCCACAGGAGAAUCUUCGUACUUCACGAAUCCCUCAAGGACAGUCUUGACCCCAGGGCUUUGAGCGACAGCGUCUACUUCGCGCCAUGCGACGACUGUCCUCGACAACUUGGAGCGUCAUUGGACGUCUUCUCGCACAGUCGAGACCAGCUGCUUCACCGGAGAGUCUCGAUGGCUCUCAAGCGAAGCGGCUCGCCUUGCAACUUCUCCAUCUGCCAGGGGGGGAGGACAGAGAGACGAUUGAAGCAGAGCAUGAUGCUGCCAUAG